UGUCCCGAGGAGCGAAGUAGGCGCGAGCGCUGAACUACUCACCGUCGACAUGGAGCUGAGGGCGCGCGCGCUGCUGUUACUGCUGUUACAGGGUUGGUAUAUUGAACACUCUCAGGGAUUUAACGUUGGAACAUCAGGAGCCAAAAUUUUCUCGGGCCCGAGUAUCGAGGAAUUUGGAUACACAGUGCAGCAGUUCAGCAAUCACCAGGGACAAUGGUUAUUAGUGGGAGCUCCAUGGAAAGGCUACGACCAAAAACCUCAGAACAGGAAGGGAGACGUGUACAAAUGUGCGAUCGCAGGACCAACGACUACCUGCGAGAAACUCAGCCUUCAGAACUCUAUCAACAUUCCAAACGUGCAGAACAUCAACGUUAACAUGAGUCUGGGUCUGACCCUGAUGCGAAGCACCAAAACCAGCGGAUUUAUGACAUGUGGUCCUCUCUGGGCUCAGAGUUGUGGUAAUCAGUAUUUCUACCCUGGAGUGUGUGCAGAAGUGAGCCCUCUGUUCGCUCCACAACCGGCGUUCUCUCCUGCGCUACAAACUUGCGGUGGGCCGAUGGAUAUCGUUAUCGUUCUGGACGGCUCUAACAGUAUUUAUCCUUGGCCUCCUGUUGUGAGUUUUCUUAAGAAGCUCUUAGGACACCUUGAGAUCGGACCGCAGCAGUCUCAGGUCAGCGUCAUCCAGUAUGGCGUCACUCCCCAAAUGGAGUUCAAGCUGAACACGUAUAAAAACAGAAGUACGAUCGUGAUGGCGGCGGCGGAUAUUCCUCAGAGAGGUGGAACUGAGACAAACACCUUCCAAGCUAUCGAGUACGCCAGGGCGAAUGCUUUUCUGCCAUCAAACGGAGGACGUCCGGGUGCCAGUAAAGUGAUGGUGGUGGUGACUGACGGAGAGUCACAUGAUAACUCCAAGCGUAACCAAGUCAUUCCAGCGUGUGAGAAAGACGGCAUCACUCGCUUUGGCAUCGCUGUACUCGGCUACUACAUAAGGAAUAACAUCGACAGCAAAAAACUUGUGGAGGAAAUCAAGUCCAUAGCCAGCAUUCCUUCAGAUAAGUUUUAUUUCAACGUGUCAGCUGAAGAUGCUCUCCUGGAGAUCGCUGGAACUCUGGGAGAUCGCAUCUUCAACAUCGAAGGCACAGGUACAGGUGGGGAAUUUCAGAUGGAAUUUUCGCAGGUUGGGUUCAGCGCACACCAGACCAAAAACCAGGACGUGAUGAUGCUGGGGGCCGUCGGGGCGUACGGAUGGACCGGAACCGUAGUGCAUAAAAACGCUCAGAAUUCAGAGAUUUUCCCCAAAGAAGCUUUUGAGCGAAUCCUUGAAGACAAAAACCACAGUUCGCUGCUGGGAUACUCUGUGACCACCCUGUAUAAAGGUUCCGUCGAGUACUUCGUGGCCGGUGCUCCUCGCUCCAACCACUCGGGGCAGGUCGUGGUGUACACACUCGACAGGCGGAGACAACCUGAGAUCCGACACUCACAGAGAGGAGAUCAGAUCGGCUCGUACUUCGGCAGCGUGCUCUGCCCCCUGGAUGUGGAUGGUGAUGGUGUUACUGACCUUCUGCUGGUUGGAGCGCCGAUGUACAUGAGUGAGCAGAAGAAGGAGAUGGGCAAAGUCUACAUCUUCAAAAUUACAGAUGGGUUCUUGAGUAGUCAGGGGUUUCUGGAAGGUUCCUCUCCGCUGGAGAACGCUCGGUUCGGAAUGGCCAUCGCUUCUGCUCCUGACCUCAACCUGGACGGCUUCAGCGAUGUGGUGGUCGGGGCGCCUCUGGAGGAAGACGGCCAGGGAGCCAUUUAUAUUUACAACGGAGACGGAAAGACCAUCAGAAAGCAGAGCUCACAGAAAAUUCUUUCCAUGAAACUGGACCCGAAGCUGAGGUACUUCGGACGCUCUUUAGACGCCAGUGGAGAUCUGAACGGAGACUCGAUCCCGGACGUCUCAGUGGGCGCUUACGGGAAAGUGCUUCAGCUCUGGUCCAGGGGAGUGGCGGUGGUGACGGCCCAGGUAACGUUCUCUCCGGAUCGCAUCAGCAUCCUGAGUAAACCGUGUAGCCUCAGUGGACGAAUGGUGUACUGUUUCAAAGCCAAAGUCUGCUUCAACGCAGAGUUCAAACCAUCGAACCCUGUCGGACCUGCGGAGAUUAAGUACAACUUGACGCUGGACGCUGAUCUGCAGUCGUCUCGGGUCAGUUCCAGAGGUCACUUCGGGACAUCGGACCGGGUGCUCCAGAGGGACAUCAGCGUGACCACUGACGAGACAUGCCAUGAACAUCAGGUGUACGUUCAGGACACGCCCGACCUCGUCAACUCCAUCGCCGUCCGAGUCGACAUCGCACUCCAGCAGCCGGACUCCAGUCCCGUCCUGGACGCCUUCAGUCCCACCGCAUGGGAGUUUUUUAUUCCAUUUUCUAAAGACUGUGGUGCUGAUGGAGUGUGCUACAGCGACCUGGUGUUAAGUGUGCAGAGAGAACCACCGACUAGUCCCCCGUUGCUGGUGAGUUUUAAUAAGAAAAAACUGACGAUGUCCGUGACGGUGAUGAACAGGAAGGAAAAUGCGUACAACACCAGGGUGAUUGCACGCUACUCCAGCAACCUGUUCUACUCCUCCGUUACGCCUCCCAGAGAUGGCACUGAGGUCAAAUGCACUUCCAGUAAAGACACUGAAGUCGUCACGUGUCAAGUGGGAUAUCCAGCGCUCAGGACUGACCAGUCGGUCACAUUCGAGAUCAGUUUUGAGAUCCAUUUUAAUGUGGCUCAGUUACAAAAGGAAGUCAAAGUGGUUUUCGAAGCCCAGAGUGACAGUACGGAGGAAACUCCAGGUGACAACAGCGAGACGGAGAUCGUCGCCAUCCAGUACGCGACGGAGAUCAUCCUCAGCAGAGUAGCCAAUCUGAAUGUUUACUUGCUUGAUGAAAAGGAUGAAAUUACAAAUCCGAUAAAGAACUACAAGGACAUCGGCCCAGAGUUCAACUUCGAUCUGAAGGUAUCCGGAGCAGUUUAUCCAGCGAGUCUGGUUUACCUCAAUGUGAUGCUGCCCAUCAGCACGAAAUCAGGGAAUCAGCUGCUGUAUAUAACCUCAGUCAAGGCCUCACCGCCAAGCGACAUUCAAUGUGAAACCCAGGCACUGAUCGACCCGUUUAAGAUUGAAGAAAGAGAAUACAAAGCCCAGUUCACAGAGGAGAGCUUCAGAGGAACCGAACAGCUGAACUGCAACUCGGCCGUGUGUAAGAAGAUGCAGUGUGUGCUGAACGACCUGAAAACGAAGACCGAUUACAUAAUCUCCGUGUCAACGAGGAUCUGGAACGGAACGUUCGCUAAGGCUGAUUUCCAGUCCGUCGUGUUGGUGGUGAACGCUGACAUCAAGACGUCUCAGCCUGAUCUCCUCCUUAUCGCUCACAAACACGUCACGGUCGACCUCACGGUCAGUAAACCGGGUGCUAAAGGUGAUGUGCCCGUGGGCGUGAUCGUGGGCAGCGUGAUUGGAGGAUUACUCCUGCUGGCUCUCGCCGUCCUCGCUCUGUGGAAGUUCGGCUUCUUUAAGCGUAAAUACCAGCAGCUGCCUGGAGGUGACGGCGGCGCUGAAGCAGAAGGACUACAGGACAGCGCGGGACAACCGUGAGACCGACGCUGAUCACUGAUCUGCUGAGUCCAGAUCAGCUUGAGCCAAAGACAUGACCCUCAGAGACCAGAGGGCGAUCAGACCAGCAGGAGUGAGGAGAACCACAACCACACACACACACACACACACACACACACAGCAGGAAACAGCAGUGAUCUGGCUCAAAGCUCGAGUGGAAAACCCCCCUGCAAAUCCACAAAUAGGAAACAAUCCAGCUGUUGUGCUGCUGUGGAAACUCCUCACAUCCGCUGUUUGUUUUCACCAACACUGAAGAAUGUUUUGUUUUCAUCCCCGAGUCUCUGAAUCAGCGUAAACGGCAGCGAACAGACUACAUUUCACUUUUGUUUUUUUACCUUAAUUUUAAACACUGUAAAUAUCACUGUAAAUCAGACUGCACUAAGCUUUUCCCUAACAAAACUUUUAUUUACUAAAUCUGUGCAUUAUUCAAACUCAAAAAUCUAAAUAUGAGGAAACCACUUGUUUUUUCAGCAUAAGUUUCCAAAAUCAAAAUGAAAAAAUAAAAACCGGCGAGUUUCUGAUUUCAUGCUCAAAUCCAAAGGGAAAAAACAGAUGACGCUCGCUUUCCAUUUUCAUUUGAUUUUCCCUGCUAUUUACAGAAGCCAACGUGCAGCCCUUUGAUGAAGCAGAGUUAAUUAACUACACAGCAAAGUUGUUUUGCUCUAGUGGAGCUCGCAGAGGCUUUUUUACUCUGUUAAAACAAAAUGCCCAAAAGCCCUAGCAUUUACAGGGACAGGGACACCCCCCCCCAUCCCCCCUCAAAUUAAGCCCUGCUUAUACAGUACGCCUUUGACACGAAUAUACUGUACAUACCAAUCCACUUGACUAAAUCUGCCUCCCAACAGUGUUGUCUCUGCGACUUUGUCCCAGAGCUGUUUUCCACCGUAUUGGACUGUAAACUCUGUUUUGUAGAGGAUUUUUCGAAAUUAGGAUUAUUCAUUACCAGGAGAGCUUUACAGAAAAGCCAUUUUUCUAUCACUGAGCUCCCGGACUGUUUCGAUGAAACCGGUAAGCCCGACUCAUUACACACCAAUACAUUUAUUUUAGAAAUACCAAAAAAAAAACACAAGUGGUUUUCUCAGUUUUGUAUAAAAAAAAAAGAAAGAAUGAAUAAUACAUGCCUUGUACAACAUUAUUAAUAUUACUAUAGAAAGUAAGAAGUGUAAUCAGUUUGGAUCCUUGUGUCAUGAUUGGUUUUUAAUGUUUAUAAAUCUCGGUAUUGGCGGGGAAUAAUUUAAAAGCCCAUAAAACAAGUAACAUUUAGCCACACGCUUACACAUAUUAUAAAGUAGAGACUGCUAAUAAUAAGAACAAGAUGGAGACUAGACGGUGAAAGAGCCUGUCCUGAGUGUGGCGUGCACUACAGUUAUCUGGUACCGCUACACACAUUACAUACCGUACUAACUCAUCCUCAUUUUUACAUGGUGCCAUUACUUUUUUUCCUGUUUGAACAGCUCAUAGUAUUCGCGUUCAGCUAUGCGUUUGUUUUCCUUAAAGUUAUUAAUACUUAGUACUGAGUUUGACAAAAUGUCCAUUAAACUUGUUGAAUACGUUUUUUGUUUUUUUUUACUUGAUAGCAUAGUCUUUUGAAUAAUUUAGGAAUAAAUUCAUUUGUUUAUUUGUGGUACAUAAAAAAAAAAUAAUAAUAAUAAUUCUCCCUUUUUAAAUAAUAUUUACUAACUUAUGCUGUAUAACUAAACAAAGCUAAUGAAAUGAGGCUGUAAUUUUAUAUGCUUCCAGUUGCCUUUUGUAAAAAAAAAAAAAAAAAAAAACUCAUUAAGUAAUUUAAGUAGCUGAAUAAAGGUAAAUCAAACAUGUGAUAAUGAAAACUUUUGACUUUGACGGCACACGAAGCAAUAAUUACAACAAGACAGAAACUUGUAACCUGAGUGUAAAGGCAUUUCAUUUGGGUUCAAAAAUAUUAAAAAAGAAGACUAACAUCAUUAACUAAGAGGAAACAUACAGUCACCCUGUUAGGCAACUUUAUUUGUAUUUCAGAACUGUAAACAUUACUGUGCAAAAGUCUAGACCCCCCCCCCCCCCCGACUUUUUCUUUAAGAUUUAUUUAUAUGAACUCUAAUGAUGUAGAUUAAAUGGAAGAAAUUGCGACCAAUGUUUUACUGCGCCAGGCUGCACAGAGCUUAAAGACCUGACGUUUAUGUAACAGCCCCAGCAGCGACCUCAUUUCCCCUCUGGUUUCCAAUCACUCAGCAUCAGCAGUAAACUAAUCACUGUCCUGAUCACAUCAUCAUCUGCACCUGUUUUACACUGGUUCAUGCCUUAAAUCAUUACAUUUAAAUAUUUUUUUAUUGAAUGAUUCAUAGGUCAUUGUGUGGCUUAAACAAAAACAUUCCUCUGAAACUGAUCAGGUACACGGACCGGACUAAACAUGAGAGAGUAAACAAAAAACUAAACAAUAAGUCCUUCAGGAUGCCUGGAAACUUUUUCUCAAGACUACAUUAAACAAUAGAAGAAAGGUCGAAAGCUUUCGAAGGAAAAUAUGUAAAUAAGGGGUCAAGCAUAGUACUGUACAUUUCACACCUAAUGCUUCAUCAGCUGUAAAAGCAGAACAUAUUUAUAUUUAUAUAAUCACAACAGAACAUCAUUACAAAAUUACAAUUUUAACACCUGAAGAGUUUCACCUUUAUACAAAU